GUUGUGUGAUAAAAUCCACCAUUUGACAUGAACGGAACACUUUUAGCAUUUUCAAGCCUUUUGAUAUUGGCCAAGUGCCUUGUCAUUGAUGGCUGUGAAGUGAACGGCGUGCGUUGUAAAAUGUUGUCUUGGCAUCGGUAUGUAUAUCGACCCCUCCGCACUUACCAACAUGUCGAAUCUAGUGAAGGUUGCUUUGAUCUUUGCACCAAAAUCCUUGAAUCGGGAUCCAAAGCUAACUAUUUCACGUAUUAUGCGGACAUUUUGGUUUGCCGCUGUUCAGAGAAAUGCUUGAUCGAUCGAGAAGAAGGUGACAAGCGCGACGUUACCGGUUUGGUCUCGGACCAAGAUCCCGAUGAGCUCUGUGUCACGGAACCGGAUAUCGAGGAAGACGGUGAUGCUUUGAUAUCAUUCGUGCAAGGGGGCCAAACAUUCAUCAAUCCAGUCUCUAAAGACAGCUAUUGCAACACUAAGGCGAAUCGGGAUGCCGCCAUAUUUUUCGUGUCUCAAUUUGACCCGCGUGAACGACCAGCUAUUUUCUUCAAUAAGGACGAGGUCGUUUUCUGCGGAAUUGGGACGGUUUGCCGAGCAUUUGUGAUUAAACAACCAAGAAAAGUUCAUCCCACCUAUGGAUUGAAGGACUCUCGAGUCAAUCAAAUGCCAGUGACAUUUUUGAAUGGGACCACUUGGCUUUUGGGUGGAAUUGACAUGUAUUCAAAGAAACCCUUAACAAGCACUCAGCUAUAUCAUUCUGACCGCACGGUGACCAGCUCCUCAGUCGCAAUGCCUCAACCGAUGACCGUAUCAUGCAGUGUUCGAAUCGGCGAUUCCCAGAUUUUCCUGGUUGAUGGCCUCAGUGGAGAUUGUUUCAUGCUCGACACUAUGCAAAGAUACAAGUGGAUCCCCUUACCCAAGAUGCUAAGUCCCAAGACGGAGAAAUUGAUUUGCGCCGUGGCUAAAAACAGUGGAGAUCCAGUCGUGAUUGUUGAUGGUUGGAAGGGAAAAACAGGCGAGAAUAAGGCCUCUCAAAUCUUCCACGUGGCAAGCCAAACAUGGUCCUAUGCUCCGGGUGAAACCAAUUACGUUAUUCCAUACCGCUCGUCGAUGAUGUCUUUGGGCAAUAGUGUCAUUUCCGUUGGUGGCUUUGUCAACGAUGAUGCAGGAAACCAAGUCAAAAACUCGUGGAUCAGAAUGUACGAUCUUAAAACUGGCGAUUGGGUCGUAAGAGGUCCGGAGCUCCCAAUUCCUAUUGGCGAGGAAAUCACUAUGUUGGCUUCCAAAUCUCUAGAAAUGUGCAAGCCUAAAACUGAGGAAAAUAUCUAAAUGCGAUGAUAUUGCUCAUUACGUGACAAAUUUGACAUCGUGGAAGCCAGAUGAAAUGCCUGUCUGUAAUCGAAAGAAUAAGUCAACGCCCGAGUACUUUUCAAAUAUUUCAAUUUCUUUUCUUGAAUAGCUUUUCUGAUCAUAGACAAAGGAAAUCAUGCUCUGGCCGUCGAAAAAAAAUAUAUCCAUUGCUUCAUUUUAAGAA